AUGUCGCCGGUACCGCAGCUACGGCAGGUCCAGCUCUGCCAGCAGCCACCGUGGAAUUUCUCCUCUGGGACUGCGUUAGGCAGAAUAAACGGACCAUUAAUUGCACGGAGCCCUCCCGGUGCCGCAGCCCGGCUGUCCCGGGGUCCCGGGGCUGAGCACGGGGGCUCUGUGCCCGCACCACGCUCGGCCGCUGGAAGCAGCCGCGCUCCAGCGCUGAGCCAGCUCACAGCGCUAUAUGCUGUAACGCAGUGUGUGUAUAUAUAUAUCAACAGAGAUGUACAGCAUGCCCUGGAGAAGGAUCUUUCUGACAAAAACUCAGCCCAUUUUAUUGAUGAGAAGUGCUUUAACCUGAGGAACACAUUGGACAGCAUCAACUUUUACCAUGGAGUGGAAAAAGCAGUAGAGAUUGUUUCAGUUCCUGCAACAAGUUCCUGGGCUAAAUUCAGUGGAGACAAUAUCAGGUGCUCUCAACAUGCAGGGGCCAACUCUGUCCUGCCCUGAAAGGAUGCAGAGGCUGGACUGGAGUGCACAUCUGAGGAGAUGUGGAAUCAUUUAUCCAGCAUUAACUUAGCCUUUAAUAAUCAUGUUGCUGAAGUAUCUGAUGCAAAGAACAAACUCCAAGCACAACUGGCCAAGAUGCUUCAGGAAAUCUUCCAGACAGCAGCUACAAUCAUGUUACUGGAGAGAUUAAAGACAAAGGAGAACCCACUGGAAGUGACUCAGACCUGCCUGCAGGGAAGAAUGAAAUGACCCAAUAAUGGACUUUGCUGUGAUGCAUCUCAGUUUCAACUGGCCACUGAAGUUUCCACUAUAGAUAACAACAUACAGGCCUUCAAGUGAUGCCUGCAAGAAGCACAUGACACUCUGCAGAUACUGAUCCUCCACAAAUCAGUGCCAGAAGACAACAUUUCUGUGAAGGCAAACUCCCUGUUCAUUGACAAGAAGUGCCUGCAGAGACAGACCUACUCCUGUGAAGAGGGCAAGUCCCAAAGAGUGAUCGGCUUUCCAGAAGAGAUUAGUAACUAG